AUGUUUGAUUUACGAGGAGCCAUUUACUUGAUCGAGCUUACAUUCUAUGCUCCAAUCGUCCCAGCCAUCAUAUUUAUUCUUCUUCUGCAUGGAACCAAGCACCCCUAUACAUGGCGUCCAAUUGUGCUUCCACUUUUCAUCUUGUGCGGUGUAAGAAUUGCCGCAGCAGGAGUUGGUUUGGCAGCCACAAGACGCGAAGAUUCAAGCCUUCAAGCUACAGCAACUCUUUUGGAUGCAAUUGGCCUGGCACCAGUCUUAUGCCUCUUAAUAGGACUCUUGAUCCGAGCAAAUGCGCCCGUAUACAAAGGCUUGCCAUUCUGGGCCUUUCUUCCGCUACAAUUAAUUGUCAUUGCUGCUACAGUGAUGACUGCUUAUGGCGGGCGAGACCUCUACACCAACCAGAAUAAACACGAGCAAGAUCUUCGAUUGAUGCGUGCCGGCAGUGUUAUCUUCAUUGCCAUCUUCGUCGGAGUGAUUGUUCUCUCGGUCGUCACUAUGCUCAAGGUUCGGGUGAAGUUUUAUCGAACCGAGCGUGCAGCCGUCGUGUGUGCUCUGCUUUGUGUGCCGUUCAUAAGUUCACGACUGGCUUAUUCGGUUGGAUCAGUAUUCUCAGGUGCGGACUCGGUGUUGAAUCCAAUGUCAAAAAGCGAAACAUCUCUCUGGCUUCAUUUUCUUAUGGUUAUUGUGAUGGAGUAUAUCGCUACUUUGUCUUCGGCGGCGGUUGCUUUGACUGCGAGAAAAGUAGUGGUUUUGACGGCUGGAAAUCCUCAUUCUCUCAAAGAUGAAGAGAUUUGA